AUGCUAGAGAUUGCCCCAGAGCUCGACAGAGGUGGCACUCAGACCGGCCGUGGAGGUAGUCGUGAAAGUUCACAGUCUGGUCGUGGUGGAGCCCAGUGUUAUGCAUUUUCAGGUAGACCAAAGGCAGAGGCCUCAGAUGCUGUGAUUACAGACUCCUUUGUGAUUGUAUUUAUCGAUGAUAUUUUGAUCUACUCUAGGAGUGGGGAGGAGCACGAGAGGCAUUUGAGGAUUGUUCUUGAGACUUUGAGGGAGAAGAGGCUUUAUGCUAAGUUUUUCAAGUGUGAUUUCUGGCUUAGUUCUGUGGCAUUUUCGGGGCAUAUGGUGUCCAAGGAUGGUAUCAUGGUUGACCCACAGAAGAUUGAGGUUGUUCGUGAUUGGGCAGGCCUACUACAGUUUCGGAGAUUCGGAGCUUUAUCGAAAGGGAAGGUUAUAGCCUAUGCUUCCAAGCAAUUGAAGGUGCACGAGAAGAACUACCCCGUUCAUGACUUGGAGUUAGCAGCUGUGGUGUUUGCUCUGAAGAUUUGGAGGCACUAUCUCUAUAGUAUGAAUUGCGAGGUUGGGGCGAGACCUUUAGCUAGAGAGGUUCAGAGUUUGGCAAAUUCCUUGGUUAGGCUUGAUAUUUCUCAACCUGGAAGGGUUCUUGCUUGUGUGGAGGCGCGUUCCUCUUUGUUGGACCAGAUUCGAGCUUAG